AUGCAUCAGAGAAAGUACUCAUUGGAACUCAUUUCAGAUUUAGGGUUUUCUGGUUCACAACCUUGUGGAUUUCCUAUUGAACUGAAUCAUAAGCUCACAUCAGUGGAAUUUGAUGAGCAUGUUGGAUCAAGUAUUGAUUUGCUUCUUAAAGAUCCAUGUGAAUACCAGAGGUUGGUUGGAAGGUUGUUGUAUUUGAUAGUUACAAGACCUGAUAUUUCCUUUGCAUUGCAAAGUCUUAGCCAAUAUAUGCAUCAGCCAAAGCAAUCCCACAUGAAGGCAGCUAUAAGAGUAGUCAAAUAUGUCAAACAGUCUCCUGGUCUUGGGAUUUUUCUUUCAGCCUCAGCAUCUCCAAAAUUACAGGCCUUUUGUGAUGUUGAUUGGGCCUCAUACCCUAAUACUAGAAGGUCUGUUACUGGUUAUUUGGUGAAGUUUGGUGACUCUCUUAUAUCUUGGAAAGCCAAGAAGCAACCUACCAUCUCCAGAAGCUUAGUAGAAACAGAGUAUAGAAGCAUAUAA